AUGUAUACUGGAGUGAACAGGCCACCCACUCAAUCUGUAGUGCUGACAAGCACAAUGGCAGCCUCUACAGAGUCAUCCUGCCCAAUAUCGCUUUCCCUGGUACGCUUUCCCUGGUGAACUCGUUCACCCAGUUCUUCAACCAAAAGGCUCUGCUGUAUGUGGGAAUACCAGUAGAGUUUCUCCAUAUGAGUGUGUGCCAUACCUUUUCUCUGGAACAGGCUCUCCCAGCUUCACCUGCGUUUCUCCAACAGGUGAUGUGGUGGUGGUGGAGGGAUGCGUUCAGGCCCUCCAGAAAACUCGCCUUCCAAGAUUUCUCCCUGAAAAAGUCCCAGGAUCCACUCAUACAUGGCCCCUGAGACUUGUCCUGUCAAGGACACUCUGCUAAAGCUGGACUUGGACUGCAACUGAGUGUCCCAAGCCACUUGUGUAAGAGAGACCGGUGUCCAGCAGUGCUCCCGCUUGACUGUGGCUUUCCACUUCAGUUUCAAUGAAGGCUAGAAAAUGACUUGUACAAUUGACUUGAACAAUAUUUUCUGUGAAUUUUUUUCCAAGCUAUUGAUUUUCCUGACUUGACUGUAAUUUAAUUAGAAUUGUCCCUAGCCUUGGCGGUCCUCAUGCAUAUCAGUUAUUUAGCUACAGAUUGACACCUCUGCCUAUCUGGGGUACUGUAUCCCUUAUGCAUACAGUUUCAUUGUGACAUCUCAAUGUCCCUUUGCACUCAGUUGACUAAUCUGUCCAAAGAAAGUUUUGUAAUUCAUAUUUGGACUAAUAUGUAGAUACAUUGUGUGUGUAUCUAUCACUCCACAUUUGAUAGUGUAUGCAAAACAAUGUACCAGCCUUACAACUGAACCAGCCAUACACAGAGACAUGGGUUGUACAUUCUGCUCCUAGUCACAUGCAUCUCUGCUGUUAUCUGGUGUUUGGGGAUCAACUGAAGUUGAGGUGUGUUUUAAUAUAAAAUGACAACAAGGGGGUAGAAGGUGGCUCUGACAUUGAAGUAGAGUAUUCACGUAACUCUGUAAUCAAGUCAUUUUUUGUACUGGUCUGCGUUGUUUAGAUCAGUUGCUAUGCCUUCUUUGAAAAACAAUUGUUUGCCUUUUGAUUAUUGUAAAUUAUUUGUUGUCCUGUGUUUAAUCUUAGGCAUUCUUCUUUGUUUUUUCUUUAGAUUCUUAACUACUGAGUGAGCUUUAUUUAUGUUUUGAAUGGAGGUUCUAUUUAUUUUUGGAAGGACUGCCGUUAUUGAAACCUGACCGUUUUUGUGGUUACUUUUGAAUAGUCUUUCAGUUCAUCUUUACUUGUUGACAGUUGAGUUUAUUUAAUUGAAAUGAAAUAAAAUAGCUUUCUCCAUAUUCCAUGAGGUGAUUUCAUUAACUAAUAUGCUAUCUUUCAUAGUUGGCAAAUAAUAUAUCUUAUCACCUUAAUUGAUAAAAGGCUUGAUCCUGCAAUUGCAAUAAUGACGAUACAUUUUGAAUGUAAAAUUGCUUUGUACAGUGAGUAAUGUGGUUGCCUUUAAACCAGACAUGACAAGAAUUAUGAGCAGAGAGGAGAGCUGCGCCUUAAUUCCCUUACUUCCUUAUUAGUUCAGAUCAAGGAAAUGAACAAGGUAAUAAAGCAGCUUUGGAUUACUAUUGUGAUAGAUGUCGUUGGAAACAAGAUACAGAAGCAUUGUAAAGCUAUCACUUAGAGUAAUACUUUUUAUUAUCACAGGGCAGUUGAACAUCAACCUGUCAAACAUUACCAUAGUUAAGCCCAUUUGUGCAUGGCUGUCUUCUAAAUGUAUAGCCUUAGGUGACUGUUGGACUUUUGACCUCAAGUCUUCUGAGGCGAAAGGGUAUCCAGGUUAAGUAGUUUUCUGAGGAUGCACAAUCAGGUCCAGUAGAGUGGAUUACGGUGGCGGGGAUUACUGAAUGAUUGAAUGAAUUAUUGACCUCAUUGUUCUUAAUUGAUUUACCUGUAUAAAUAAAGGUGAAAUAAUAAACAAGUAACAAAUUGGCACCAAUGACUGCUAUGCUAUCUAUGGCUGCAUCCCUCAUCUUGCCACAAACGGAAACUGUCAACUACAAUGUUCCCAGUAAUAAUUAAAUUAGAGCACAUUAUUUUACGAUUUCCAUAAUUCAAAUCUGAAUAAAGAAAAUUUAUCGGCCAUUGUUUGAGGAAGAUUGGUUAACUGGUUCAGGAUGUGAAACGUAAUCGUUGAGAGAACAAUACAGUGAGUGUAAGAGAAAUGACUUGUGGCCCCGUUCAGACACAACCCUUAGCCCCUACACUAGGCUCUGGGAUCUGACUGGCCCUGUUCAGAUACAACUCCUAGUUCCUACACUAAGAACUUGUGUAGAUCUGAAAGGAAUGGAUAUGUUUCAGCAGGAAGGCACAUUCCUCCUUAGCCUAAUCAGAGGGCAAAGUGGAUCUGGCAUCUACCAUGUUCUGUACAUGUGUAUUUUAUGACCUGUAAUGAGUUUCUAAUGACAAUUUCUGUGGAAACAGACAAACGUAUCUUCUCACUACCAAAUUGCUUAACCCUAUCCACUUUUGGAUCAACAUGAAGUGUCUAGGAAGUAGAGACGACAUGGGUUGGUUCUGGAUGGAAACCACGUUUCUUUAGAAAGAGCAGUUGACAAAGUGUUAGUGACAGCCUUGUGCAAGUGUUGAAGCCAGCGUCCUCUUCCAAGUUGAAAAUCUCCACAUGAACGUGUGCACUAAUCUCCCCCUGUCCCUCCUAUUUAUAACUGCUUUAAGAAAGAGGAAGGGCAGCAAUGAGAUUAGAUCAGAGCCUCAUGGAUCUUCUGCUCAAAUGACUUUUACUCUUCUUCCCCACAUAACGGUCCUCAUCAGGAGAAGAAAAGGAGGCUUUGUUCUUCCCCUUGUUGCCCUUUGGACUUACAGGACCACAAAUGAGAAGUACUGCACAAAGUAAUGCCACUGAAUGGGAUAACUGGGCCUAGAUGAUUUUUAUAAGACGCUUCAGGUGGCUCGGCAAGGUGCACUGAGUCGAUGGAGCUUUUUUUCCGGCAGUGUUUCCUCCCUUGUUCUUCUGUUAACGUCUGAUGAAGACUGCACCCUGGUUGAUACGACUCGCACUUCUGAGUGUUGGAACUGCGUAAUUUGCCUUUGUGUUAUCUAAUAUUCUUGUGCUCUAUUGUUAUCCCAUCUGGGACUGGUUGGUUUCUAUGCACAAUUAACAGCCAGCACUCACAGAAAACCUAACAAAAGUGUCUUGAAAGUGCAUCAUGGAUGCUAAUAGUGCUCAGCUAAAGACUAAGCUGAAAGAGCGACGCUCUACCAUCAAUGUGCUGGGAGCCAGUUUCUCACAGUCCAUUGAGGAAGAAAAGGCCUUCUAUUUCUCCCAGGGCAGUUCUGUUAAGCCAUGGAACUCUUUGGAACACCUGGACAGCCCUGCUCCUGAGGGCCAGAUCCCAAGACACCAAAAAGAGACAUUGAGACCACAACAUAACAUUAACAUCAACGUAGGGGGAAAAGUCUUUCACAUUCCCAAGAAGAUGGCCGUCAGAUUCCCUCGCACACGGAUAGGCUCCUUGGCCCUGUGCACAGACCGCGUCAAACAGCUCACUCUGUGCGAUGACUACUCGGUGCUCAGCAACGAGUUCUUCUUCGAUCGCGACCCAACUUUCUUUUACUACAUCUUUCAUUUCUACAGCAGUGGCGUUCUGUGGGUGAUGCAGGAACUGUGCCCUAUCAACUUCGAGGAGGAGAUGCAGUACUGGGGCCUGAGCUGGAAUGACACCCAGCGCUGUUGCCGUAUCCUGUUUGAGGAGAAGGUGGAUGAACUCCGGGACAAUCUGAAGGUGGAAAAGGAACUCUUAGCGGAGAUCGAGAUAAAGCAUGAUGAGGAAGGCUACAAGACCAUGUUCCUGGGUGGAAUUCGCAAAGACCUCUGGGACCUGAUGGAAAAUCCUUACUCCUCGCUGUCGGCCAAAUCCUUUGCAGUUUUCUCUAGCCUCCUGGUGCUCAUCUCCAUCGUGGCUAUGACCCUCAACACUGUGAAGGAACUGAGGACCCACACCCUCUCUGGCAAGACCUACCUGGAAUGGGUAGAGAUCUUCUCUAUUCUCUUCUUCACAAUCGAGUACUUCAUGCGCCUUGUUACGACUUGUGACAUAAAGCACUUCGUCAAAAGCUCCCUGAACUUGGUGGACCUGGUGGCCGUCAUGCCCUACUUUAUCCAGCUGAUAUUUGAAGCGUUUGCCAACGUGGAGGACCUCAGUGCCCAGGAAGAUCUCAAAACCCUGGCUCGUGUCAGCAAGGUCAGCAAAGUGCUCAAAGUUGUCAAGCUUAUGCGCAUCUUUCGCAUCCUGAAGCUGGCCCGUCACUCCACCGGCAUGAGGGCGUUUGGGUUCACCCUGCGCCAGUGCUACCAGCAGGUGUGUUGCCUUUUCCUCUUCAUCGCCAUGGGCAUUUUCAUGUUCUCUGCCCUCCUGCAUUCGGUAGAACGGGAUGUCGAAGGCUCUCCAUUCAGGAGUAUUCCUGAUACCUGGUGGUGGGCGACUGUGAGCAUCUCCCAAGUGGGUUAUGGGGACGUGGUGCCCGUAUCCCUUCCUGGCCGCGUGGUGGCAUUCUCCUGCAUCUUCUUCGGCAUCAUUCUCAAUGGCAUGCCCAUCUCUCUCCUCUUCAACAAGUUCUCAGACUACUAUGCCAAGCUCAAGUACCAAGAGUCCACCUCAACCGGUGUGAAACGCCGCUUGAUGCUCAAGGCCCGUCUCCGUCGCAAACUGGACGUGUGCUUCAAUCCCUCUAUGGGCGACCUGGAGGAAGGCAGGAGCCACUGAGCUCUAGACAGGAUGUACUUUUUUUACAUUGCAGGGGGUAUUUCAAGACUUCUCUACCAAAUCACCAGUGGGGAGGUGGGGUAGGGUCUGGACUAAUUGGAGUGAAAUGGAGCUAAUGAUAAGGACUGGGGACACACAAAGCAGACUCAUAGAGAGGAUGUACAAGGGAGGAUGUGGGUGUCACCUUAUGUUGGGAACUGAUACUGCGAUCUUGAGAAAAUUCCUGAUACUGUAGAGCAGUUCCUGUAAAGUCAAUGAUAUGUGGUGUAUUGUGCAUAGUGUGUUUGUUUAGCAGACCAGAGUGUUGUAAGUUACAGUACAUUGUAAAUGCAGUAUACCAUGUUGCAAUCUUUGCUCUAUUUACUUGCACAAAUUAAAGCUGAUUCUUGUCAUAGUC